UAACAGUAACAGAUGCUCACUAAUAUCACCCGAUUCACCCAAGUAACCCUUCAGCAACCCGAAUCCAGAAAAGACAAGGACACUGCUGGCGCAUGUUAGCACCAUCGCUGACCUGUCACGACCAAUACGUGUUAUCGUGCGCCGCCUCUCUCUCUCUCUCGCGCGUUCUCUCUUCCAUGAAGAACCAUUUCUUCCAUGGGAACCAAAUCGCUGAAACGGAGACCUCGUGAGUCGCAGAACCCUCCCAUGGCCGCCGUGGCCCCUCCGCGGCGCAAGCCUCGAUCAUACGCCAAGGCCUCCGUAGUUCUCUCCGUUCUUCUCGUUGUCUCCGUCAUCGCUCUCUUGGUCCUUUCGUCGAACAAGUUGCGUGCGUUCCAACGCGGGGUUUCCUAUGAGACGAUCACUGUCGUCAACGUUUUCCCUCACGACCCUCAAGCCUUCACCCAGGGCCUUGUUUAUGAUAGAAAUGACACCUUAUUUGAGUCAACUGGUCUUUAUGGGAAGUCAUCUGUUCGUAAAGUUGCUCUUCAUACUGGGAAGGUUGAGGAUGUGCAGAAGAUGGAUAGUUCAUUAUUUGGGGAAGGUUUAACUCUCCUCAAUAAUAGGCUGUUCCAAGUAACUUGGUUGCAGAAAGCUGGUUUCAUAUACAACCCAAAAAAUUUAAGAAAGAUAGGGACAUUUAAUCAUGCUAUGAAAGAUGGUUGGGGUCUGGCAACUGAUGGAAAAGUCUUGUUUGGAAGUGAUGGUAGUUCAACAUUGUAUCAAAUUGAUCCUCAAACAUUUAAAGCUUUAUCAAAACAAGUUGUCCACUAUAAGGGUCAUCAAGUACACAAUCUCAAUGAAUUGGAAUACAUAAAUGGUGAAGUUUGGGCAAAUGUUUUUAUGACUGACUGCAUUGUAAGAAUCUCUCCCAGUGAUGGCAAUGUUCUUGGAUGGAUUCUCCUCCAAAAUUUAAGGAAAGAACUUAUCAAAGCUGGGAACAAUGAUAUUGAUGUUUUGAAUGGGAUAGCUUGGGAUGGUGAGCAGAAGCGGAUAUUUGUGACUGGAAAACUGUGGCCAAAGCUGUAUGAAAUCAAGGUUUCUCCAGUAAACAAACCAAUUGAAGAAGGGAUCAUUGAGCAGCUUUGUUUGCGUAACCCUUUCAAAUUUCCAUGAUUGAUUUUUUCUGUUCCUGCUCUAAUUUCUUAAAUCCACUUGGGAAUGCGCAGCUGAACUGAGUUUUUGGCAUGGUAUUAUGACAUGAUCAUUUUGAGAAGAUAUUCAGUUGGUAGAAUGCUACCUACCCUAUGAUGCCCUAUGAUGCCCUCUAUGAUGCCCUACCCUUUAUAGUAUCAUUCUUCUGUAGCAGGUCAAGAAUUUUAAUUAAUUAAAUACACUAAGGGAGAGAUCAAUCAAUCUUUUUUGUAUGAUGAUGGUUGAUUUUGUAAGUAACCGGGCAAUUUGAGAUGUUAUGUGUUGCAAAAGGAUGGAAAUUCAACCAAAACAGAAAGAAUGGAUAGCUUUAUUAGUUCAAUUUGAGGUGGCAUAACAAUUUAAGACUUGGUUCACCGAAUAGAGACGUGUAGAUAUAAUAUUCAGUACAUUGUAUUAGGAAUUUGGGGGAUUUUUCUCCCUGUCCCCGCAA